AUGAGCUCCUAUUUUGUCAACUCCCUCUUCUCCAAAUACAAAAGUGGUGACACGUUACGCCCUAAUUAUUACGAGUGCGGUUUUGCGCAGGACCUGGGGACUAGACCCACCGUCGUGUACGGUCCAGGCACAGGAGCAACUUUCCAGCAUGCCCCACAGAUUCAGGAGUUUUACCACCACGGCGCGUCUACGCUCUCGGCUGCACCUUACCAGCAAAGUCCAUGUGCCGUAACCUGCCAUGGCGAACCUGGCAACUUUUAUGGCUACGAUGCUCUCCAAAGGCAAACACUUUUCAGUGCCCAGGACACCGACUUGGUCCAAUAUAGCGAUUGCAAACUCGCCUCGGGAGGCAUCGGCGACGAGACGGACAACACGGAGCAGAGUCCUUCUCCUACGCAGCUGUUUCCGUGGAUGCGACCACAAGUAGCUGCUGGACGCAGACGAGGUCGCCAGACCUACAGCCGCUACCAGACACUUGAGCUGGAGAAAGAGUUCCUCUUCAAUCCGUAUCUGACACGCAAACGGCGCAUUGAGGUGUCGCAUGCCUUAGGACUGACUGAACGGCAGGUCAAGAUCUGGUUUCAAAACAGACGUAUGAAAUGGAAAAAAGAAAACAACAAGGACAAGUUUCCUAGUAGUAAGUCUGAACAGGAGGCAAUUGAAAAGGAGAAGCGGGAUAAGGAACAGGCGACUGGAGCACAGUCAGCAAAAGAAGACUGCGAGAAGUCGAAACAAAUAUAGGACGGAUGUCGAGAGCAGACAGAGCAAUCAGGAGCGCAAGCGCGCGAGCACACACACACACACACACACACACACAUAUAUAUAUAUAUAUAUAUAUAUAUAUAUAUAUAUAUAUAUAUAUAUAUAUAUAUAUAUAUAUAUAUAUAUAUUCUUACAUACAUACACUUAAAAAGGACAUCGUGGGGCGAAGACAAAACAGUUUGGAAAGUUUCUCUAUAGAUUUCAGUCUACGAUGAGUAGAUAGAAAUAGCUGGUCAAAUAGAUGAGCGGUCAUGGAGAGAAAGAACUCUAAAUCUGCGUGAUCAUCGAACUUUAUUGUGACGAAAGACAUGAAGCAUUUCUACCUUUUCCUAAUGUUCAGAGAGUAGGCCUAUUAUAGUGUGUAAAUUAGCCUCCCUACUUCGUGGAAUAAAUAUUGUGAAAACUUGGUUUCUGUUGUUAGAUUUUUGACAUUAACCUUAUCUCGGCAGCUGUAUAGUUCUUAAGUUAAAUGGUGCACUUUUAACUCUUGUCACUUAUAUGUUAUGCUGACGUAUCGACUAAUGACAUCCAACAACAUGAAACUGCCUAUUUAUGCCGUAGCAUAUCUUUUUACACUUACUAAGUUUCUUUCAAACUGAUGAGAUUUUGUUAUCUUCCUUUCCUGGGUUAAGCAUGCGCACAGUGGAAGAAAUGAAUGAAAAGGAAAUAAAAAGGAUGUAAUGUGACCCAUUGUUUACUGUGAGACAGAUUUUUGUACUGUAUUUGUGCAUUUGUUCAUGGAAACUUGGCAAUAUGCUUUCAUUGUUCUUCACUUUGUUCUAUGGACUAAACCUUGAAAAAGACAAAUAAAGUGGGCACAAUAAAGUUUACAGGCGAGAAUCGAU